AUAAAUAGGAGUGUUAGAUUGCAACAAGGUUUAUUCACCAUUCAGUGUUCAUUGUUCGCUCAAAAAAUUCUCGCAAAAUGGAGAUAAAAGAUUUUGAAAGUUUAGUGACGCCUUUUUUGAAAAGAAAAAAGUUUGUUUCGUGUGAUUGUAAAAGUUUAUUGGGUUCUGGCGAAAAUUAUGGUAGUACUUUAUUAGCGGUUGAUGUAAAAGUAAUUAAUGAAGAUGGUAAAGAAGAAGUGGUGAAAUGUGUGGGAAAAACAACACCACCCACCGAAAUGUUAUGGUCGUUUUUUAACACCAAAGAAACGUUUAAGAAAGAGAUCGCUUUGUACGAUACGAUUACCCCAAUUUUAAAUAAUUUUGGACAAAAAAAAGGAAUCGAAAAUAUAUUUUCAUUCAUCCCAAAGUGUUUUGGUGCUAGAUUAAGCAUAAAUCCGAAUUCAACCGAAGUCGAUCGAGAUGGUGUUCUUCUUUUAGAAAAUUUAAAAGUUUUAGGUUACGAUAUUGAUGAUAGAUUUAAUGGGUUUUCUAAAGAGUGUGCUGAGUUAAUUUUAAAAGAUUUGGCAGUUUUCCACGCGACACCUUUAGCGUAUAAACUUGAGUACCCCAAUGAAUUCGACAAAAAAUUAAAACCCUAUUUGAAAAAGAGCUUUUUCUACAGCCCUAGUGAAGCACUUUUUGAAGUCUUGAAACCAGCGGCUUCAAAAAAUCCUAAAUGUGCUUCGCUUAUCAAUAAAAUCGAUCAUCAUUGGGAUGAUUACAAUAAAUGGGUUAAAGGUGAAUUUGAAAUAAGAGAACUUUUCGCCACAAUAACCCAUCAAGACUUUUGGGUUAAUAACACCAUGAUUAAAUUUAAAAAUAAAGAACCAAUCAGCAAUAUGAUGGUGGAUUUUCAAAUAAUCGAAUACGAAUCGUUAGCUCAUGAUUUAAUAUUUUUCUUAUACAGUAGUGUCCAAAUCGAAGUUUUAGAAGAACACGUUGAUGAUUUAAUCGAUUUUUAUUUUGAGGCGUUUAUUAGAUGUUUAAAAGAUUUGAGAUGUGACACAUCCAAAUUUACCAAAAAGGCGUUUGAUGAAGAAAUUGAAAUUGCUGCGAAACAAGUUCAACUUACCCAUAUUUUAUACAUGCUAUUUCCUAUGUUGAAGUUGAAAGGGGAAGCUUUAGAUUUAAAGGAUGUGAAUGGGGAGGGGGAUAUUUUCCAAAAUAGCGAAAUUUAUCAUGAAAAUUUUGCCAAAAGAUUACAUUUUGUUUUAUUAGAUUUUGAGAAACGCGAUUUUUAUUUCUCUUAUCAUGUAGUCACAUGGUCUCGAGUACACAUUAUAUUACGUAACAGAAUAAAUCACACAUUCAUUCAAGUAUUGUUCACCUUCAAACAAUCAUAUUUGUUUAUCAUGGAUAUCAAGUGUAUAGAACAAGUUAUCGAACCGGUUUUGAAAAAUGGCACAAAAUAUGUUUCGCAUCAAUGUAAGAAUUUGUUAUCGCUUGGUGAAAACUAUGGUAGUGUUAUGUUGGAUGUGAAAAUUAAAGUUGAUAAGGAUGGUGAAGAAGAAACUUUAUGUUGUGUUGGAAAAACAACCCCGCAGUCGGCGGUAAUAUGGAAAAUGUUUAACACCUCCGUUACGUUUAAAAAGGAAAUUUCGUUUUAUCACGAUAUCGUACCAACUUUAAAUGAAUUUGGAGAAGAAAAAGGUAUAAAAAAUAUAAUGCAUUUUACAGCUAAAUGUGUCGGUGCUAGAAUAUCGUUAGAUCCGAACUCAACGGAAGUUGAUACUGAUGCUAUUUUAUUAUUGGAAAAUAUAAAAGUGAAAGGUUUUACGGUGGCUGAUAGAUUUAUCGGUUUUAAUAUGGAUGAAACUAAAUUAAUUUUGAGAGAUUUAGCCGUUUUCCAUGCAACACCUUUAGCAUUGAAACUUCAAAAACCGGAAGUCUUUAAUAAAAAGAUCCGCCCGUACUUAAACAGAGAUUUUAACUUCAAACCGGAAGAGGAAUCAUUCCAGAAAUUCAUGAGUUUAAUAAAAGAAAAAACAUCUAACAAUCCUAAGUUAGUGGCUUUACUUGAAAGAAUCGAAAACAUGUCCAGAAAAGCUUUUGAUUUAGUACUAGAAAAAUUAGAUCCUAACGAAUUAUAUGCCACGAUGGUUCACAACGAUUUCUGGGUAAAUAACACAAUGUUAAAAUACGACGAAAAUGGAAAAGUAAUUGAAAAUAUUAUGGUCGAUUUCCAAGUCUUAGAAUACAACUCUCCAGCUACGGAUUUAUUAUUUUUACUUUACUCAAGCGUCCAAUUAGAAGUCAUUGAAAACAACGUCGAUUACUUCAUCAGAUAUUACUUUGACCAUUUCUUGGAAACGUUAAAAAAAUUGGAUUGUGAUACUGAACAGUUUACUUUUGACACAUUUUUGGAUGAUAUCGAUUUUAUUGGCAAAAAUUACCAAGCGAAUCAUGUGAUAAUUAUGCUACAACCUAUUUAUACUAAAAAAGGAGAAGCUAAAGAUUUAUCUAACGCUACAACUGAAGAGGAUAUUUUAGCCGAUGGUAGUUCUAUGCACGAUAAUUAUGCCAAAAAACUAGAAUUUGUUUUAUUAGAGUUUGAAAAAAGAGGAUGGAUAUAAAUUACAUUAAAUUGUAUAAAAAUAAAUGUUUCUUAAUUAGUUGUAAUAAAUAAAUUUCGAUUAUA